UGUGAGGGGGGGCCGUCACAGGUCUAGGUGUGUUUGGUGUAUAAAAGAACCGCUCCAGCCUUGCUCAAACAUUUACUCAGACGGAUUUCUCCGGUUUGAAGUUCAAUCGUACUUCGGGAAAUCUCCAGCGUUCAGUCAUGGUGUCAGCAGGGUUGCAAAUGCUGGGCGCCGCCUUUUGCAUCAUCGGUUGGAUCGGGACCAUUGUGGUGUGCGCUCUGCCCCAGUGGAAGGUGACUGCCUUCGUGGGCAGCAACAUUGUCACGGCUCAGAGGAUGUGGGAGGGCAUCUGGAUGAGCUGCGUGAUCCAGAGCACAGGCCAGAUGCAGUGUAAGGUGUACGACUCCAUGCUGAAUCUGCCCCAAGACCUCCAGGCCGCCCGCGCACUCAUCAUCAUCGCCAUCAUGCUGGGCGUUCUGGGCGUCCUGCUGUGCCUGGCGGGGGGGAAGUGCACCAACUGUGUGAAGGAUGAGAGGUCCAAAGCAAAAAUCUGCGUGGCCUCUGGUGUGGUCUUCAUCUUGGCGGGAGUGUUGUGCCUCAUCCCUGUGUGCUGGACGGCAAACACCAUCAUCAGGGACUUCUACAACCCGCUGACUACCGGCUCUCAGAAGAGGGAGCUCGGAGCCAUGGUGUCUCAAGGCAUUCAGAUGAUCGGCAUCUCCCUGGCUAUGAUCGGCUGGUUCCUGGUCAUUAUCGUGUGCGCCCUCCCCAUGUGGAAGGUGACGGCCUUCAUUGGAGCCAACAUCAUCACGGCACAGACCAUCUGGCAGGGCCUGUGGAUGAACUGCGUGGUGCAGAGCACGGGCCAGAUGCAGUGCAAGAUCUACGACUCCAUGCUGGCCCUGGCGCAGGACCUGCAGGCCGCCCGGGCCAUGAUCAUCGUCUCCAUCAUCACCGGGGUGUUCGGAGUCAUCCUGGCCAUCGCAGGCGGGAAGUGCACCAACUGUAUCGAGGAGGAGCGAGCCAAGGCCAGGACGUGCAUCCUCGCCGGCGCUUUGUUUAUCAUCUCGGGGCUUUUGUGUCUCAUUCCCGUCUCCUGGUCAGCACACACCAUCAUCACCAAUUUCUACAACCCGCUGGUGAUUUCCGCGCAGCGCUACGAGCUCGGAGCGGCGUUGUACAUCGGAUGGGCGUCUGCCGCACUGCUGCUGAUUGGAGGCGGGCUCACAUGCUGGAACUGCCCUCCCAGGUAUGAAGAACAUGCCCACUACGUACCCAAAUUCAGGCCUGUCAAGACGGCCUCCACUUCGAGAGAAUACGUCUGAACCAGUGCAUCACUGCGGAGAAAUUUGAAACGAAAGAAGUGGCUGAAGGUUGUGAACUGCAUUCUGUUUCGCUGCAACAUGAAGCGUAUCAGAUUGACUGUCACAGCAGAAUGAAAUGGAGCCAUCCAAAGUUGUCUGUAAACAAACAUGCAGAACAUGCUACCUAACAUCAGAAGCCUGCUGAUGGACCAUUGAAAGUUGUCUGUAAACAAACAUGGAGGACGUCUUACCUAACAUCAGGAACCUGCUGAUGGAAACUACAAUAACUAAUUCUCUGUUAGAAAAAAAAUGUUAAAGCAGUCGCACUCUGUGACCAAUAAAACAAAAUGCUUAUAUUUUGUCCUUUCGCGGAAUUUGCCGAAAUUAAAUUGUCUGUGUGUUUUAAAGUUUGGGAUUUUGUGUUUCUGUAAAUGAACCAUAAAUAAGUACACUUUCUUUCUCCCAAAUGAACAAAUCCAAACUGACCAUAUUCAAGUGUAUAUGUAGCAGCUGUUAGCUGGAGAUUGUACAUGUUCUUCUUUCCACCACUGAGAGGCAGCAUAUUCCCUUAUUCUCUUUCCAGAAAAAAACUCAAGACCAGUUGAUUUGUAUUCCAAUGAUCGUCAACAAAAAAGGAACAUGCGUGUGUUUUUUCCCCCUUCCUGUUAUUAAUUACAUAUAUGGACGACGAUGAUGUCAUUGUUGUGCCCAUGUGUUGAAAUAGAUACCCUGCCUGUCAUUGGCAUUUUAUGUCAGACUUCUUUUUGCCUCCCUCAACCAUCAUUCUGAUGCUUAUCUUUGCUGGGAACUGAUAAUAUGUGGUCGCCUGUGUUUGGGGCUUUGGGUUAAACACAGACUUAUUUUUCCCAUACAGUCAGAAAAUGUGUCAGAACACUCAGCUUGUGUAUUUGUAAAACAAAACAAAAAUGUAGAAAUCAUAAUUGUGUUCUUUACCUAAUUUAAAUAAUUGAUUUAAUUAUGUGUGGAAUUUUCCUGAUGAGUGAUGAAUAAAUUAUAUCCUAUCCUUAAGUACAAA